CAAAAUUGAAAUAUUUCUUUAUUAUCAUUUAUAAUGGGAGCUUGCCUUGACAAGAGUGAUACUACCAGUUUAUCGGUAAGCAGGAAAAAGAAAGAGAGAGUCAGCUCAGACAUCAGCAUUGAUAAUCCUCGCAUAUCUCUUCGGGACUUUAUCAAAAAGGGUAAAAUAGGCACUGGAACAACCUCUACUGUCUUCCUUGUCGAGAAAGAAGACACCGGUAAGAACUACGCAAUGAAGGUUAUGAAGAGAUCAAUCAAGUACAAAUAAGGACACUCUUGAUAUCAAGAGUGAAAGGCUUAUUCUUGAGAAAGUCAGGUACCCCUUCGUGGUAGGUCUACAUUAUGCCUUCCAACAGGAUUAUACCUUAUAUUUGAUCCUUGAACUCGCAAACGGAGGUGACCUUUUUAAUCAUAUUCAGAAGACAAAAGGACUCUCAGAGGAUCACUGCCGCUUCUAUGCAGCAGAGAUCCUCUGAGGUCUUGAGUUCUUACACCAAAAUGGGAUUGUUUACAGAAAUCUCAAGCCUGAAGACGUCCUCUUGGAUAAAGAUGGACAUAUCAAAUUAUCCGAUUUCGGCCUUGCUCGUUCCAUGGAAGAAAUUACUACAACUUUUUGAGGAGAUCCGUAUUAUAUGGCUCCAGAAAUUAUAACAGGAGACAAACAAACAUAUGCAAUUGACUUGUGGAGCUAUGGAAUUCUUAUCUACGAGAUCAUAGCGGGAGAAGCUCCUUUCAAAGGGGACUCUCCCAAAGGUAUUCUCAAAUCAGUUCUUAAUAAUACAAUCUCAAUGCCUGAUAAAUUCAGUGAGGAUGCUAGGGACCUUAUCUGAAGAUUGCUUUCUCCAAACCCAAAGGAUCGAAUCGGGAGUAAAGGAUCUAGCGAGAUUAAAAAUCAUAGCUUUUUCAAAUCAAUUGAUUGGGGCCGGAUUGAAGCAAGGGAAUAUCCUGCUCCAUAUAUUCCACAACUUAUCUCAGACUCAGAUGUUCUAAACUUACCUGCUGAAGACCUUGAUAACCCGGUUGAUAAGACUUACAACCAGUCUAAACAGAGCUUAAUUGAUGGAAAUCUAAGUAAUUUCUAUUUCAAUGCUAAUGAUUGCUCUGGGGCUCAAAACAUUACCAAAGGAGAUAAUUACCAAAAUUGACCCUAAUAUAUCAAAAUCUGUGCAAAGUAACUAAUUGUUAUAACUUUCA